AUGAAACACCUUCUACCAAAAGCUUACCGAGAGACCUUAAGCAGGUCACUUGCUCUCAAUCUAACCCAGGCAUCCCCAAACUGCGGCCCUCCAGAUGUUUUGGCCUACAGACAAGACCGCCUUCCCUGUGCCACUCAACCUGUGUCCCAGGGAGAAUGUGAAGAGAGAGGCUGCUGUUAUACCACUGAAGAUCAUCGUGUUCCUUGUUACUAUGGCAAUACAGUGACUACACACUGCACUCCAGAUGGCUACUUCUCAAUUGCAGUGUCCAGGGAUGUGACUCUGCCGUCAUUAAUUCUGGACUCUGUGCAUCUUGUCAGUGGAUAUGGCAGUGGUUGUGUUCCUGUGACAAAGAACGGUGCCUUUGUCCUCUACAAAUUCCCGCUCUCUUCCUGCGGAACUACAUUUCUGGGAGCAGGCGAUCAGGGCAUAUAUGCAAAUGAGCUGGUAGCACACCAUGAUGUCAAAAACUGGAACACUGGAUCACUCAUGCAAGAUAGCACCUUCAGACUGCAUGUCAGCUGCAGGUAUUCAACAGGGAGCUUCCUCCCACUUAUGGUACAAGUCUUCACCCUGCCGCCUCCACUGUCAGUCACUCAGUUUGGCCCACUCAGCCUCGAGCUUAGAAUUGCUACUGACCAACAGUACAGCAAAUACUAUGCUAAUGGGGACUACCCUGUAGUCAAGCUCCUGAGGGAUUCUGUUUUCCUGGAAGUACGGAUCCUGCAGCGGACAGACCCAGACCUUGUCUUGGUUCUUCAUGAGUGCUGGGCCACACCAAGUACUAACCCCCUGCAGAGGCCACAGUGGCCCAUCUUAAUGAACAGGUGUCCAUAUGAAGGAGACAACUACCAGACUCGGUUCAUCCUCGUGGGAGAAAUUUCAGGGCUACCAUUUCCAUCUCACUACCAACGCUUUGUCAUCAGCACUUUCAGCACUGCUUCCCGGCAGGCACUUACUGGACCAGUUUACUUCCACUGCAGCGCUGCUGCUUGUGUCCCAUCAACAGUGGAAUCCUGCAUGGCUCACUGUCCUAGGAUCAGAGCCAGGAGAUCGCUUGAGAACCAAGCCCUACAGGACACUCCAAGGAGCCUAGUGAUGGCAGAAGGACCUGUAGACUUCCAGAUGGAGAAAGAACAGGACAACGUCAAACAGAAAGGUUCCUAUUGGAGUAGUCCAGUCUUGUCAAAGGAAUGGGAGAGAGCCCUUGUAGUUGCAGUAGGAGCUGUUUUUGUUGCUUUGUCUCUUGUAGGAUUAAGGAAAUACUCGAAAAGGACCAAAAUGUGA